AGAACGUAAGCUUUAAAACUGUUAUCUUGGUCAGAGAGUGAAGUCAGUCGUGCCUGUUUUAGCCCAGCCCGGAGAAUAUAACUCCCGAGUGUCGUAGUCCUGCCGAGCAGGACUCCUCACAUUGCCAUCUCCACUUCACCUCCGAAGAAUGGAUUUAACCGCCACCAUGUCGAGCAAAAGAGCGAAGACCAAGACCACCAAGAAGCGCCCUCAGCGCGCAACGUCCAACGUGUUCGCCAUGUUUGACCAGUCCCAGAUCCAGGAGUUCAAAGAGGCCUUCAACAUGAUCGACCAGAACCGGGACGGCUUCAUCGACAAGGAGGACCUGCACGAUAUGCUGGCUUCAAUGGGAAAAAAUCCAACUGAUGAAUACCUGGACGCCAUGAUGAAUGAGGCCCCGGGCCCCAUCAAUUUCACCAUGUUCCUCACCAUGUUUGGAGAAAAGCUGAACGGCACCGACCCUGAGGACGUCAUCAGAAAUGCCUUCGCUUGCUUCGAUGAGGAAGCAAUCGGCACCAUCCAGGAGGAUUACCUGAGGGAGCUGCUCACCACCAUGGGCGACCGCUUCACAGAUGAGGAAGUGGAUGAGCUGUACAGGGAGGCCCCCAUCGACAAAAAGGGGAAUUUCAACUACAUCGAGUUCACGCGCAUCCUCAAGCACGGAGCGAAAGACAAAGAUGACUGAAGAGCUGUGGCUUCCAGCCAAAUGUCCCUGUUGCCAUUGGGGUAUUUCUGAGAUUUUCCUCCUGGAGCCGGUCGCAUGCCCUUGCUUUUCUGCCUUUUGCUUUCCUUGUUUUGUAUUUAUUCUCAGCCACUUUGGGCCACGUGUACCUUUAUCAUCAGACUGGAAACGGGACUUUCUGUCAUUGUUCGAUGAGAACGUAAGGUAAUUUAACUUACAGACAGUCUUGUCCCUUGUAAUAACUGCAGCCACAGAGUCAGUAUAUUUUUUCAGAGAAAGUUAUCCACUCAAUUUUUUCUGAAUGAUAAUUAAACUUUCUGAUAAAAUA